UUUACAUUACAUUUCUGUCAUAUAUGUGGCGAGUUUCCUCGUGAAGUUCUUUAAUUGAUAUUAAUCUUAAAGAAUAUAUUAUAGUUAAACCAUGCCUGUUGCUGAUGAUAUCCAGUCCUCAUGGGCUGACGAGGUAGAGAUAGACCAAGGAGCCCUUCCACCACCAUCAGAGGUAGUAGAAAAUGGUCUGAAGGUUGUUACGGAAUAUAAAUAUGACAAUGACAACAAGAAAGUAAAAAUUGUGCGGACAUACAAAAUUGAAAAACGAGUAGUAUCAAAGAGCAUUGCAAAACGUAAAACCUGGAGUAAAUUUGGAGAUUCUGCAAAUGAUAAACCAGGUCCAAAUCCUGCUACGACUAAUGUGUCUGAAGAUGUAUACAUGCAAUUUAUUACUAGUAAAGAGGAGAGUCAACGUCCAGAUGAUGGAGAAUUAGAUGGUUUGAAGCCCCAGACAAGCAGUGUGAUUUUCAAGUGUCGUACAUGCCAAGGAGAUCAUUGGACUUUAAGUUGUCCUUUCAUGCAUUCCCAGCUGGCACAGGCAAAAGCUAGUGAGGCAGCUAAAGCAGCAGAGGCGAAAGCACCGACUACCAAUAAGUAUGUUACGCCAUUCUUGCGUGAAGGCGGUGCAGGGCGUGGUGCAGGCCGUGAACCUCCUGGCGCCCGCCGUGAUGAUGUUGCUGCGAUUCGUAUUUCCAACCUUAGUAAUUUCGCAGUAGAAGCUGACCUUGACGAUCUUGUUAAAGGAUUUGGUCCAGUUCAAAAACUGUAUCUCGCAAAGGAAAAGAGCACUGGACAUUGCAAAGGCUUUGCUUAUGUACACUUCAAAUUUCGUGCAGAUGCGGCUAAGGCUAUCCAAACUCUUAACGGCCAUGGUUAUGAUCACCUGAUUUUGAAUGUGGAAUGGUCGAAACCACCUCAAAAUAAUUAAACUAGAAUUUCACUGUAUUCAUAAUAAUAAACAUUUUGCUAAAGAAUAAUAAAUAUUUCAUCAAAAUAUAGCCAUUUUGUCUACAAACUUCCAUCAGAUUUUAU